AUGCCAUCCCACGUUCUAAGGGAUCAAGGUCCACCUUCCACACUCGACUCGACAAGCGCCCCAAUCCCUGUCACUGUUACACACUUUGUCCCGCCGAAGGUCACUGUGACUGUUCAGCUUGACCCUGCUGCUUCUACUCUGUCUGCAGACCCAUCUUUUGUCUCGGUGGAUAUUGAUCCCUCUCGAGCUACUUUGGUGACUGACCCAAAGCAUGGGAGGCGGCAGAAAAAGAGAGGACAUCCGUCUAUAGUCGUGAAAGUGGCAGAAAUGAAGGAGACGUUUGAAGUAAAGCACAACGCGGGAUUGGGCUCUGCGGAGAGUUUCAUUGGUGGCUCGCCCUCUUCAAUGACCUUCUUGGAUGAAAGGCCACCGCGAUCUAAGCCUGCCUCCAAAAUAAUGCCCACUAUUUCAAGCCCCUUGAAAUCACCCCCUCCAGCCUACGCUGCAGACUCCGGUUUUGCGCCUUCUACGUCCACCUCAUUGACUUUCUCACACCAUCGAUCGUCAUCGUCUCCUCAAUCCAUUCUAUCACCUUCUUCGCCAGUUUUCGCUCCUCUUCCUGUUUUUGCCCACUCAAGAUCAUCCGUCAUCAAUUCCUUACAGUUUGGUUCUCUCGUCCCUCUGACCACCGCUGUAGCAUACAGCUACACCCCUGAUCCAUUGGCCGCCUCUAUUCAAAUAUUCCCACAUGAAAGAGAAAGAGUCUCUCCUACUCCAAUUCCUACGAGCCGAAAUUCAUUGCAUCAUUCUCGCUUCUCGGACCAUUCGUCGUGGUAUUCUUACAGGCAGGGACAGUCACACCAGAGGGACAGUGGCGCAACUUAUCGUUCGUCACGAGAGGAAUCGAAUGAGCAAGACGAGGAGGGCAACGUGUACACUGCCACUAUAGUAUCCACCCACCAUGCUGCCGCUAUUCAAGUAUAUCCUGGCGAGAGAGAAAGAGAGCCACCCUCUACUCCAAUUUCUCCUACGAGCCGAGUUUCGUCACCUCAUUCACAUUACUCAGAUGAGGCGUCUUUGUACUCUGAGUCAGAGGAGGAUGCGAAUUUACAGGGCGACGGACCUCUCACAGCUGCUGCAUCCAACAACAUAUCCCCCGAUGUCCUUGCUGCCGCCAUUCAAGCACUUUCUAGUCAGAGAGAAAGAGAGCCACGUUCCCCUCGUGAUUCUUUCUACUCAGACGACGCAUCGCUGUACUCCUACUACGAGGACUACCUUCAUUCGACAAAUAGCGGCACAUCUUAUCGUUGGUCACAGGCACAAGGGGGGGAACCGAAUGGACAAGAAGAGGGCUUUGAGCCUCAUUCCUUGGACGUCGUAACACAACAUUCUCGCCCGUUUUCAAUCGGAACCAAUAUCACUACAUUUCGAUCCCCACUCCUGAGAGAGGGACCAGACUGGCGGCCCCCCUCACUCCCACCGAACCGCUGUUCAGCUCUUGAUCCACGGGAGGGGGAAGAGGAUGAACUCGUCUCACGAAGUCCUUCUCCUUCUGGUUCCCUUCCAGUUGGAACAAGAAAUAACGCUGGUUCCCCUAUCGAGUUGAAGCGACCUCGAAAACUACCCACGCCAUUGAGCAUCGUGUCCGCGUUUGGUUUGAAGCCAGGGGAAGAGUAG